AUGCAUUAUCACGCUUCAGGCACCGUGAUACGUUUACAGUCGGGCCAGUUGAAAAGAGUGGAAGAAAUGAGUACGGAAGAUUUUGUCCUUUCUGCGGCAAUGAAAACGGAUCUCAUACUUUGUAACAGUACCGUUGUCCGAAUUCAGGAAAUCGAACAAACUCGACAAGUUCUCGUUACAUUUGCUGUCGGUGAGCAGGCUACUCAGGUAAAAUUAUCGUUUCUUUUGCUGUCGAUUAGUUUCUUAAUGCUUGAGUCUUUCGAAAAAUGA